AUGUCUUCUACGAUGAUUCGCGGUCGAGCUCGAAGUACUAGCAUAGUCAAGGUCGAAUCUAUCACUGAUCGCACGCUCGAGGAGGUCACCGACCGUAGUGCCUAUGUCAACAUCAAUGCAGACUGGGUGAACGCGAAGGGUGCGUGGAUGAUCCAUGUAGUCCUGAUAUGCGCUGGAAAGAUUGUCAUCGACACUAUCCCGGGCAUGUCGCAGCAAAUUAGCUGGACUCUGGUGAAUCUAUGUUACUUAACGCUCUCGUACCUCAUGUUUCACUGGGUCACUGGAAUACCGUUUCAAAACGACCUUCACGGUGGCGCCUACGACGAGCUCACUAUGUGGGAGCAAAUUGACGAUGGCGCGCAGUACACUCCGGCCAAGAAAUGGCUCCUGAGCGUUCCGAUAGUAUUAUUUCUCAUCUCCACGCACUACACUAAUUACAACCCUUGGUUGUUUGCGAUCAAUAUCACCGCACUUAUCUUUGCCCUGAUACCUAAGCUACCCCAGCUGCAUCGUCAACGAAUCCACUUCCUGGACGAUGACAUGUCGGGCUUGGCCACGCCGACUACCCCGUCGAGACCACAGACACCCACCACUCCCGAUGCCUCGUUCUUUCCUUUAAAUGGCAACAUUAACCCCAGCUUCGUUCCUCGAAAAUAA